CCGACCCCUGCCAAUCACGUUUCGCGCCAAAUCCCGUAAACGCGCAUUUCCCGGACGGAAACGAUUUCUUCCUCCCGACAUGGCACGAAGGUUUGACGGGCUCUCACCGACCACUCUACGUCUGCGUCUCAAGGAGGAAAUUCCCUCUCUCUCUCGGAGAGCAUCCUCGACAACAUCUUUGAGCACAAGAUUGAUGGGGAAGUGUUUUUGAGUCUAAAUGAUGAAAAUCUGCGCGAAAUAGCUCCACUCCUUGGCGACCGUUUGAAAAUCAAGCGAUUGAUAUCGGAAACACUUGUGAAACUGGACACUCCUCCUAGCAGCACAUCACCUAAUACCCCCUCAACUGUUGUAAGUGAGAAGCAUACUUCUACACCAUCCGUUUCACGGACAUGGAUGUGUCCACGUCGUUCCCUGACUGAUACUACCUCCGCAGAUUCAGUUGAUGACUCUCCAACUCCUACUCCUCCAUCAACCCUAUCGUCUGCUGUAUUGUCUACAGAUUCGGAAGAUGAUGAUUCUCUUCCUGAAAGGUGUAAUAAAGAUGUUUGUGAGAUUAAUCAUGGAGAGCCUUCCUCACCUGGGUAUGAGCAUGUGCACUGUAUCUGCACAGUGUAGCCUGGUGUCGAAUUUUAAUAUGCACAGUAGAGGAUGUUUGUGGUAGUACUGAUCAUGCAUGUGUUGCCGUGUGUAAAAUGUUAGUACAUACAUGCACAGUACAUCUUUUUCCAGGCUACCUAAGUUGGAUUGGGCUGAAGGACUGGCACUACCAACUAGAUUUUCAACCCCUACGACGAAGGCAAUUGAAACAGGUGUUCUCACAAAGAGUGCCCGUGUCGAGAUUGUCCAUUCUGUGGCGACGUUGAUGUUGAUGCACACAUCCCGCCCAACACCACAUGAUCUUGACACAGUCUCAAGGCGGCUUAUCGUGAAGCAUCCAAAACUACGGGACACUGUCGACAAAGGAUAUGGAUCUUGGAGAAGUAAACUACGCACAAAGUUUAAAAAUUUGCGCCGUCCUAACCGUGCACAGAAAGCAGGUAUCAUAGUUCCUCCUCCAUCAAAGAGAGCGAAGAUUCCCAGCCCAACUCCAGCAUCACCAUCUGCAUCUGAUACUGCUGAAUAUGACAGGCAUGUUAGCUUUCUCCAGCGGUCCUUCAUGUCAAAGAAGUGGUCGUUGGCUAGCAUGCUGACGGUGCUUGAGGAGACUGGGGAACUUCGCCGUACCUGGAUUCGCGAGGAGAAUCCAUCUGUUAGCGAGAUUUUUGAAAAGUUUCCUUGCCUUUCCGAUUCACGAAUUAUGUUGAACGAGUUCUGUUCGCUCACUGGGGCAGAAGAGUGCAAGUUCAAGGAGAAUUGGGGGAAGUAUGAAAAGCUUGUGUUCAAGUAUGCACCCCUCGAGCAGAAAAAAUCACUCAAAAAUCUUCUGCAUCAGUAUCAUGCUGAGGAGUGUGACAAUGCUGAUAGAACUGCAGCUUACACUCUGGACUUGCUCUGGGCUCUAUUGUCUACUAACCGGUCGAGUGGACAGCCGCUUAUUUCUAUCUUUGAGGGGGAAUCAUUGGAUAUUGAAGAAUGCAUUGCCGGCCUCAACACCACAGCUCCAUGCAUUGCUGCAUUUGGCGUUACACGUGACAAUAUAGCUGAUGUAAAGGUUAUUGUUGAAACUGAUAAUAUUUUACCUGUCAAUACUUUGUCAACCUCUAUUCAUGUUUGUUUUGCGUGUUAUUAUAUCUUCAAUAUUUCUUUUCCUCCCUCAUAUAAGCACAUUCUCCUUUUUUUAGAAAAGUAUGUUUAUGGUUUAAAAUCAUCGCAAAAACUUCCCAUGUCUGUUGUUCUUGUACAUGAUGGGAUGGAGAGAGUUUUGGACACUUAAUUGAUUUUGUACUUAUCUUUGUUCACUGUCACUUAUCAUCCUUAUUCACUUACAAUUUAUACACUGAUCAAAUAUUGAUUUACAUG